AUGGAUCCAGUAAUUAUUGUUUCCGGUAACUGGAUUAAGAAAAACAAAUAUGUAUUCAACGUCGACAGUAGAGGGUGUAAAGUUCUUAAUUUAGAUGAGAAAACAACACAUGAAGAUUUCGCAAAGUCUGUUCUCGAUGAUUACGGAUUGAAUGAUUUGAAGGAUCAUAUUCAGCUUAACUACAUGUUCUCGAAUAAAGCAUUGAAAACGAUGGCUCACGACACUCCACCAGUUUACGUGUCCAAUACUCGACAAUUGCAAGGUUUUCUAAGCCUGAAGAAAAUCGAACAACUACGUCUCUGUGUGGAGAUUACGGAGAACAGAGCAAGAGAGAAGAGUAAAACAUUUUUGAGCUUCAGAUCAGAAGCAGAAGUAGAAGCUUCAAUAGUUGAGUCCAGAGACGAAAAUUACAGUGGGAGUUACGAUGGUUGCAGUUUGGAGAAGGAACAAGAGGACAAUGAGAAUGACUGCUCUAACGGUGUGUCAUCUGAAGAUGAUAACUUCAGCUCAUACGGUGAGUCUCCUACAGAUGACGAAGAUUCACCAAUGCUACCUCCCAAGAAGAUAUAUCAGAACUUCUCAAUGAGCGGAUCUAAAGGGAAUCUGGAGGUUCUAAGUUUGGAGAUGUCGUCGAUAGACAUUGCGGUAGGUCAACGAUACGAUAGUAAAGACGAUUUGGAGAGACGACUGAAACUUCUUACAGUGAGGUAUAAAUUUGAUUUUGAUGUAGAAACAUCAACCCCGACAUCAUACGUUGUUAAGUGUUGGGUUGAUGGAUGUCUCUGGAGAGUUCGUGCUUCUACCCAAGGAGAAUCCAAGGCAUUUUAUGUUCGUAUUUACGAUUCGAAGCAUACAUGUUCUUGCACAGAGCAUUCUAAUCGAUCUCGACAACCAACACCAUAUAUUUUAGGUAUGUUGUACAAGAACUUUCUCGGCGACGUUGGUCCGGCCGUUCGCCCUACGAGCGUCGGAAUAGCUAUCACUAAGCAGUUUGGUAUAAAGAUGGAUUAUUGGAAAUCACAUCGGUCGAUGAAAUUUCCAAGGGAAAUCGAUGAGGGAACACCUGAGUGUGGGUUUGAAAGCUUGCCUUCUUACUUAUACAUGAUAAGAAGGGUAAAUCCGAGUACAGUUACGCGUCUUCAAAUCGAUCAGCUUGGAAGAUUCAUGUAUGUGUUUCUUGCCUUUGGUGCGAGCGUUAAUGGGUUUCCUUUCAUGCGUAAAGUUGUUGUAGUCGACGAUACAUUUCUCAAUGGUAAAUACAAAGGGACGCUACUCAUAGCACUAGCUCAGGACGGUAACCUCCAGAUUUUUCCAAUAGCCUUCGCAGUGGUUGACACAGAAAAUGAUGAUUCGUGGCAUUGGUUUUUUACGCAACUAAAACUUUUGAUUCCUGACGACGAGGGUCUUGCGAUAAUCUCGGACAUGCAUAACUCUAUAGGAAAAGCAAUUAGAAAUGUGUAUCCGUUGGCUGCUCGGGGAAUAUGCACCUACCAUUUAUAUAAGAACAUAUUGGGACAGUACAAAGGAAAAGAAGCAUUCCGUCUGAUGAAGAAAGCGGCGAGAUGUUUUAGGAUGUCUGACUUUACUGCGAUUUUCGAGGAGAUUGAAGCGAUUCAUCCUGCACUCCACGGCUACCUUCAAAGAGCUGAUGUCCGCAUGUGGACGCGUGUUCAUUUCCCGGGCGAGAGGUAUAAUUUGAUGACUACAAACAUAGCGGAAUCAAUGAACAGAGCAUUGUCGCAUGCUAGAGGUCUAAACAUUGUUCGAAUAUUAGAAACGAUACAGGUUAUGAUGACCAGAUGGUUUGCUGAACGGAGAGAGGAUGCCAGACUGCAGCCAACGACGUUUACGCGUGGUGUCGAGAAACUACUACAUGUAAGUCAGUCCUAA